AUAAAUUACUCUUAGAUUCUUUAAUUCGAGAUUCAAUUAGAGAAUUACCUUGCGGAUCUUGUUUCGAUUCUGAACUUCUCUUUAGCUAAUAAUGAUUGGAUUCGAUCAGACAACAAUGGCGGCGAAGGUGAUCUCCGGAAAGGAACAGAUGGCUCCAGUGACGCAACACAGCGGCCAAGUAAUCGACGUGGAGUCAGUAAAAUGCGAGUGUUGUGGAUUGACGGAGGAGUGCACUCCGGCGUACAUCGGGCGUGUGCGGGAGCGGUACGAAGGGCGUUGGAUUUGUGGACUCUGUGCGGAGGCCGUGAAAGACGAAUCUCUCAGAUCUCAAAGCAAUAUCACUACCGGAGAAGCUGUGAAGAGACAUAUGAAGUUUCACAAAGCUUUCAAAUCUUCAAUUCCUCCUCUGAAUCCAACGGAGGAUUUGAUUUCAGCUAUGAAACAGCUUCUCCGACGAUCGCUGGACUCUCCGAAGAAGGACAGUUCACGAUCGCUUGGCCGUUCAAAUAGCUGUUUCUCCGCCAUUCCGGGCCGGCGAAGUCAUUAGGAUUUGACGCCGGCCGGCAGCCGACGUUCAUGGCGGUAAGAUGAAAAUAAAUAAUGUUUAGAUUUUAAAUUUUCGGAUGUAAAAUUUUUGCUAGGGCUUUCUUUUGUUUAAUUAAUUAACUUUUGAAUUACUUCCGUUAAUUGUUCUUGAGAAAAGAAUCUCGUAUUGAUUAGCCAUCUCAAAGGAGAUUUGAAUUUUAAACUUUGCAUGACUA